UUUGUGGUGUCCCGUCUUCUUGACCCAGCCAAUAUUUGAUGGGACGGUCAGCGUGUACACGUCACAGCUCUCAGCUGUACACGUUCAUUGGCGCUUUAACUUCGCGAGUGCUUAUUUAUUCCUGUCCGCCGGUAUGCUCUGACCUACACGUAAGACAUUUGACUCUGUGUUGUAUAUCGAGCUAGGUUUUGGUGGCAUCACUCAGCUAAGGUGAAACGAGUGUUUUUUGUGAGGUUUACCGCGGCGGUUUGGACAUACAGGAGCGUCUGUCAUAUGGAACGCAGAGGACACGCGCUUAUUUGCCAUAGUAAACGAGUUAUGGACACACAGUAAUAUGGAUGUUGUUGGACACACCAAAGAACAUUAGUCAUUGUGCAACCUUCAGAGAAAGUUAUGGAAACGACUGCUGACCCCUAAAUAAAACCCACGGUGAUCCGCGGGGAUCAUUUCACAAGGAUUAAUGGCACGCCUUUUUUUCAUUUACUUCUGUGACCAUGAGUUUAUGGUUAAUAGACUAACCAUGAAAUAUUGUUAAGACAUGUGACACAACAGACCCACCAUGCUAGACCAAAGUGGGCUACAGUGUCAGUACAGGAAAGCUAAAAUGAAUCUUUCUUCCACUUAAAUAUGGCUUGAGUUGGGACCAUAGACGGUUUCGAUGAUUAUUUAAGUCUCAGAGGAAGCAAAGAGACCAUGUGUAACAUCUCAACCUCGUGCAAUGUUGACUCGAACAUAGACCAGUUCUUCCAGCCGGUGCUAUACAUAAUUGUCAUUGUACUCGGCUUCCCCACCAACUGCAUGGCCCUGUGGGCCGCAUACAUGCAGGUAAAACAGAAAAACGAGCUGGGUAUCUACUUGAUGAACCUCUCUGUGGCUGACAUCUUGUACAUAGCCACUUUGCCCCUGUGGAUAGAUUAUUUCGUGCAUCAUGACAACUGGAUCCACGGCCAGGUGUCCUGCAAGCUCUUCGGUUUCAUCUUUUACACCAACAUUUACGUCAGCAUCGCCUUUCUUUGUUGCAUAUCCGUGGAUCGCUACUUGGCCGUGGCUCAUCCUCUCAAGUUCGCUAAAGUCCGUCGGGUGAAAACGGCCGUGCUGGUCAGCAUCGUCGUCUGGGUGACUGAAAUAGUGGCUAAUUCUGCACCUCUCUUCCACGACGAACUGUUUAAGGAUCGCUUCAACCAUACCUUCUGUUUUGAAAAGUACCCAAUGCAGGACUGGGUGGCUGGUAUGAACCUUUAUCGCACUUUUUUGGGAUUCCUGGCACCUUGGGGUGUGAUGCUGGCAGCGUACAGAGGUAUCCUGAGAGCUGUGCGAGGUAACGUCUCCACUGAACGACAGGAGAAGGCCAAAAUCAAGAGGCUGGCCCUCAGUUUGAUCCUCAUCGUUCUCCUCUGCUUCGCUCCCUACCACGUCCUCCUGCUGUGGCGUAGCGUGAUGUUCCUCAGCGAUCCCUGUGACUGUAGUGCCGAGGAGGACUUGUUUGGCGCGUAUCAUGUGGCUCUAGCACUCACUAGUCUUAACUGUGUGGCGGACCCCAUCCUUUACUGCUUUGUGAACGAAGGGGCCCGUAACGACGUCACCCGGGCUCUGACCGCCCUCAUGGGUCUCUUCCAUCGAGGGAAAAUGGACGCACUGAUGGGGAAUUCUCUCACCGUGGAGACGCCUCUAUCAGUGAAGAAGCCUGAUUUGUAUAAUGGAGUCAAGGCUAAUGCAUACAAAACGGACAUUGAAGUGCUCAAAGACGAGUGCCUUCAAAUGACCAUUCUCAGUGUUAGAAAGUGAAACCAAAUGUGGAUUUUACACACAGGGGCCCAAGACGAAUUUGGUUAUGUAAUGCUGUCUUAAAUGCGAUGUAGGUAUUUUAUCCGCUUGUUAAGUCAUGAUGCAAGGAAUACUGUUUCCAGGUCCAAGCCUUCACUCAUUUCAAUAGAGGAUAUUAUUUAAACAAAGCACUAUUUAUUCAUAUCACAUGUUUAAGUGAAAAUUGUAUAAACAAUGAAAACAGCAGUCUCCAGGCUCACAGAAUUACCGACAGCAAUAUAUCAAUAAUUCGAAUUUUGUUAUGGAGAUAAAAAUUAGGAUCAUGUUUUUGGCAGAGUGUAUAUUAGCGGGAUUUUUUAUUUCCCUAUGGCAUUUGAGAUCGGUUGGACCUGGAAGCGCUGCAUGACGUCAAACUUAACAAGCAGAUUGCAUUGGAUAUUUCAAAAUAUCAAACCAAGCGACAUCCAAAAAUAUGCUGAAUGUUUUCUCAAAACUAAUUUAUUUAGAUCUUUUAAUAUUUACUUUAACCAACUGUUACCACAGUGCAUUGCAAUGUAUACAUUUUAGCAGGAUGUGUGUUCUUUGGGUUUGAACCCAUCACCUUUUGUGCUGCUAACACAAUCCUCUACCAACUGAGCUAUGCAGGAGCUUAUCAUGUUAGCUUGAACAGGACAAACAGAAAAUAUCCUAAUACACUAUUAAAAAUAAAGGUGCUUCACGAUGCCAAAGAAGGGCCAUUUUUGGCUAAAUGGUACCAUAAACGGUGUUGGGGGUAACGCAUUACAAGUAACGUGCAUUACGUAAUAAUAUUACUUUUCUAAAGUAACGAGUAAAGUAACGCAUUACUUUUUAAAUGUACACAUUAAUAUUUGAGUUACUUUUUUAGUUAAAUUAAUUCAAUAAAAAAUUUAUGUACUGAAUUAGGCGCCAGUCACACCAAAAGCACUUUAAACGCUUGCAAACGCAAGGGGCGACGCACUGCCUUUUUUAAAAAAAAAAGAGCAGUGCGGCACGGCUUUUCAUAUUGCUAAGCAACCACCGAGUCAGCUGUCUUGUCAAUCAAAUAUUGAAGCGUGAGCGCUCUUUUGCUGUUAACUGUCAUAUUAGCAGAAACUUUAAAAAGAGGCCGCUUGCUCUGACCUUGUUUGAGGAUGAGAGGUGCACAAACACGCAGGAGAGAGUGAGCGAGUGGAGUCCGGUUCUUCAAAGCAACUGUAAACUUCCCUCACCACAACAUAAGGCCCGCCUCUCCCCUCAUUCGAUUGGAUAAUGGAAAGACGCAAAUGACGUCGGGCGCUUCUCCGCUCUCAGGGCUCCUGCAAAAAACCGCAAGGCGCUCGGUGCGCAUAAUAGCGCGCAAACCCGCCCUGCCCAUAGAAUAUCAUUCAAAAAAGGCGCCUGCAACUGCCAUAAACGCUUUUGGUGUGACUGGCCCUUUACACUAAACAUAGUCACAUUAUGCACUUUAUGCGUAUAUGCCAAGCGUGCCGCACAAGCCCUGAAAAGUGAAGCCAAAACAUUUUGAUCACCCCCCCAGUGACUGGUCCCAGUAUAGGUCAUAAACCACGUCUCCCCCAUCGUAUUCAAUGGGACUUGAGACCAACUAAACCAUUUAAUUACACUUCAAUUAUCUUUUUUCUGAAGCUGGUUUCUAUUAUUUACUGUAGUUUUUAUCACGCUGAUGUAAAUCCAAGUGUUUGUUUUUAAAAUAAGUUUGUUUUUAGUUAGUUAUUUAAUGCUAUAAAAACAGUGGUGCCACUUCAUGAUUGAAAGUUGUAAUAUGCACAUUCUGCGAGGGCGGGGCCUUGAUUUCGCGGCUUUACUUCCUGCUCACUACUGCGCAGGACUGGUCCCGAAAUCGCUACUCGUAGACUCAAGACCCAAGAUGUCAGCGCCGUAUCAGGACACUGGCGGCUUCACUUUUCACCAAUGGAAGAGAGCGAACGGGUGUCGUCCAUCUUUUUUACAGUCUAUGGUACAUGCCUAUGUGGAAACCGUUUGAGUCAGAAACUGAGAUGGCAGGCCAGAGUUCGACAUUUUUGUGAUGAAAUAAGCAAUUUCUGAAUGCAGAACUUUUCAGUCAUAAAAACACCUGCAAGGCCUGAAAGAGAUCAAGCCUCAGCUAAGAAAAAGUAACAUAAAAGUAACUAAAAAGUAACGUAAGCAUUACUUUCCAAGUAAUUGAGUAACGCUAUUAGUUAGCUUUUUUGGGAUUAAAGGUGUAGUGUGUAGAUUUUAGGGGAUUUUUAACCUCUAGUGGGGAGUUUGCGAAUUGCACCCCUCCCUUUUGAAGCACAAAGACAAGCUACGGUAGCCAUCAUAGGACAAACAUGUCAUCGUCUGAGACAACAUAAUGACAAAUGCGCUAUGUAGAGUACUUUUUCCAUUUAGGGAUCCUGUAAAAACAUGAUGCCGCAAAAUGGCGGCCUCCAUGUAAGGGGACCCACUGUGUAUAACAACUCAUUCUAAGGUAAUAAAAACAGUACAGUUAUUUUUUUAAAGUCUUUAUACACCAAUGAAAACAUAGUUAUCUAUAUUAUAUUGCAUUGCUGUUAAAAGAACUUUCUAAAAUUUAUACACUGCACCUUUAAUAUUGUAAUGCAUUACUUUUAAAAGUAACUUUCCCCAACACUGACUAUAAAUCGCAGUCGUUCUCAAACUUUUUCUGUGUCCCCCCAUCUCCAUUGUGUACGGUGCAUCACUUUGUGCCCCCCCCAAAAAAAAAUUUAUGACAUAAAACAUUCUAAAACUUAAAAUUUGGAUUAAACAAAACAUAUUAAAUUCCAACAUUGUUAGUAGCCUUAAUUUUCUGAGGUAUUUAAGAUAAAUUAAUAUGUUUUGUCAUAAAACUGGGCCCCCCAGCACCAUAUUGUGCCCUCCAGUUUGAGAAACAUUGCAAAAAUAACCUUCACGUUCAAAGAGUUGAAUAAAAGUUCUUGAGAUUAUUAAAAGGUAUGAAAGAAAUAAAGAUCAGAUGCUAAACCCUCUUAAGUGCAUCUGACAUGUUUUUUUGUAAUUGAUCAUUUUUAUCAGACUUUUAAUGGAUUCUGCCAACACACCUGUAUUUCUAAAUGUCCUGAGGCUGGGAUGAAAUGGAUUUGUAGCGGAAGUUUUUGAUUAACGUAUAAUACAUGCCGAAAGCAUUUGGUUUAUAUCAUUAUCUCAUUUUUAACAGAGAUGGCGCUUAGCGUUUUUUGCAUCUGAGCUCCUCAAAUGAUUCUUUAAAGAACCUGAAUGGUGGUGGCAUUGCUGUAAAAAAGCACCUUUAUUUUUAAGAGUGUCUCUAUUUAGGAUUACAUUGUAUAAUUUUGCUUUUACCAGCUUUCUUUUAAAUAAAUGACACUUGGUUGGAUAUUUUGAUAUUUAAUGCAUAAUCGUACUAUUCUUAAUGUGGAUAAAGCAUAAGGGCUUUGUGUACAACAGCUAUGUGUACCUCAAGUUUUUUCCUGAAACACUUUCUAUGAUAAAAUUCAAUGUGUCUUUUAUUGGGAGAGGAGGACCAAUAUCUACAAAAUGUUGAUGUUAAAUUCCCUUGUCCUUUUGAAUGUUCAUCGUGCCUGCCAUCGGUGUCUGUCUUUUUAAAUUUUAUAGGAAGUAUACUCUGCAAUGACUGUUUAAUUUAUUUUGUAGCUCAUGUCACAGUCAACACAAAUACCGACUGCGAAUGACUGUUGUAUGGGGAUGUUUAAGACAAGCCUUAUGAUGUAUCAAUAUUCUGGACCAUAUCCUGUAAAAAGCCUUCUGUAGUGUUCCAGAGGUACAUGUUUGUCUGAUUUAAUCCUCUCUGUUCAGUGACCCACAAAUACCCCAAAUGGAAACAGUGUUUCCAAACAGUGGGCUUUGCACUUGUUUACAUUUUUCUUCAGUAGUUCCAGAUUGUCCUGAAUGUCAACCACGAGAAAAAGUGCAAUGUAAUGGGAUUGUUGUUAUGCCAAAAUAAAAUAAAUGAUGUGCUUGUGUUGUG